CGAGUGUUCUCUUCGCCGGGUGCCCCUGGUGCGCGCCAGCCGCGGUGGAGUCGUCCGGCUGCACGGCUGGCGUUUGCUUUUCGAGGCCCGAGCCCGAAGUGAGUCAGUCAGUCAAGCGUCGACCAUCGAAGGGAUCGGUCGCUCGUUCCCUCUCCGAAGCCAGACACGAUCCUCUCGGUGAAACGAUCGUUGCUCGCUCGUGCGAUCCGUUAUGAAUCUGUCGUCGAUCGCGAGCAGGACGACACGCGUCUCGUGACAAAUUCGGAGUUCCACCGCAAAGAAUCGCGCGCGCGCCAAGUUCGAUGGGGUUUGACCGCGACUCGCAUUGAUCAUUCGCGAUCCAAGAACAGUUCCCGUCUCGUCAACGUGACCAGAGGAUCGGCGGAUCGCCGAGGUUUCCCCGUAAAAAACAGUGCGUGCGAUUGUCCAAGAAGAUGCUGUCCAGAGACUUGUUGACUUUCGCGACCAUGGUGUCCAGCCUGUCCAUGGCGAUCGGUGCUUCCGUGGAUCUCGACUACGACGUGCUCGGCGACAACGAUGGGAAAUCCGAUGACAAUGAUUCUCGGGACGUGCGGGAGGUGACGUGUUACUGCAAUCAGCCGGAAUGCGUGCCCCAAGGAUACAUGUGUCGCGGCAGGGGCUGCUUCACCGAGCUGCCGUCGAACGCGAAUCCUUCGCUUCUGAGAGCCAGCCACGACACCAAUGGCGGCUGCCUCGACGAGAGCUUCAAGGAGCGCCGGUGUCCCAAGGGAUACCUCUGUUGCGAGCAGGAUCUCUGCAACCACGUCGACAGCCCCGCGAUGAGAAACAGGAUCAACAAGACCCUCCAAGUGUUGGUCGGCGGCGACCAGCGACCUUUCCUGAGCCCGGUGCAGCCGAUCAAUCACGGGGGUCAGUCGACGGACGGCUGGUUCAAGACUGCGACGAUCGCGGUGCCGAUUUGUGGCGUAAUCGUUCUGCUGAUACUGGCCAGCCUGGCGAUGCGAUUGUUGCAGCCUGUGCCGACGCAGAACGACAAACUGGGGCCGCAUCGGAUGCCGGACAACGGGCCCCCGUUGCUUGGACCACCGAAAGUGCCUCUCGUCUGAAACCGGCGAUUUCCAAAGACGUUCUUGAGUGUUCCAACGGACGAACAUAGUUAAAGACUAUAUUCUAUAGGAAGCUAGCGGGCUAACGAUGGCUCCACUUGGCUGUGAAUUUUGUGAAACAAACGAAACAAUGAGAAAACAAGCGACUGCUGUAAAUUAUAACACUGCGUGUUGUGCGCCGAUCACUGGCGACGAUAUCUCGUCGGAUGAUCGACUGGAGUAGAAGAAGGCCCAUAAUAGGGGCCUCCCUCUGUACAUGAUUCGUGUAACGGAGACAACGGAGACGCAUGAUAUCGCCUUAUAUUGUAGCAAUGUAAAUAGAUUGUGUAUUUUCUAUCGUAUUAGAGAUGGUAACGUUUACUUAGGCGGCGUGAACUUGCGAUCGGUGCUUCGAGGCGGAAGGAGUUGCCGAUUAUUUCCGGCUGGGAAACGCGGAACGAACGAAGAACAAUAAAAGUCUGAUGUCUGUCUCGUUUUCUUUCCUUUCCUCUUUCUUUAUGAUUUUCCUGACCACGAUCGACCGGCACGGGUGCUAACUAUUCUAUCUGGUUCCGUCAAAGGCAACAAAGCCACGCCUACAUCCGGAGGCGACAGCUUUACCAACCGCGCGUUAGAGAGCAUCUUCCACCGGAAAAUGAUCCUAGUACACCAUGUACUUGUCACACAUUAAUCGUAUUCCAUAUAAACAUUACUGUAUUGUGAUAAUCUAGCGUAACCGAGCGCCAAUACUUGUUUCGCAACGCGUGUUUUACUCACGACGGGGAAUGAUGAUGAUGAUGAUGAUGAAUGACGAUGAUGGUGAUGAUGAUGAUGAUGAUGAUGAUAAUGAUGAAUAUCGAUGCGUAAAUCGAUCGACUUGAAAUACAUUGAAACGAUUUUUUCAGUAA